CUGCCUUCAACCCUCAGCCAUAGGGGGUCUGGAAUAUGAUGAACGAUUCCUUCCCAUGUCUGUUGGUUGAAGCGUCUACAUUCACUGUAGAAGAUCGACUGCAGAAUGUUUGCAGCAUCAUUCAGCUGUUUAUUGUUUUCUGCCAUUUUUGUCUCGCUUUUUCUUUUCUCGUAGCACAACGAAAACCACACAGUGCGCUUCUAGCCUUUUCAAUGGCGAAGAGGCAUACUUUUUUUCAAGUUCGUUCAGUGGAAGAUCAAAACCAAACAGUUUUUAGCAGAGCUGCGUCUACUCCACCCUGGUGUUCGCUUUUAUCGGACGGCAGGACUAUUUUUACGACGGACAUCCUGAGUUUAUCUCUACCUUUUUUAUUUGUAGCUGUGCAUAUGUGGUGUGCGGUACGUAGAUCUGGCAGACCAGAAUAGGUGUUUCUUCGUUUGUACGGAAAGCAUUCCGAUGAAGGAGUGGACAAGUUCCGGUGCUACUGAAACGGGUGCUUUGCGCCCUGUGGAAGUACGAGCCAGUUAAGGCCCCUUGCUUCUGGUCGCUCCUCGUCCUACCUGUCUGGGGAUGAUCGUUGCUGCAGCUCUGAGAUCAAUCAAAGAGGAGCUGAAGCUAUGGUUGAUGACCGGACAUGCUAUUUUUUGCGGUCGCCAA